GCAGGAGUGCGGGCAGCACAGCCCCAGACUCCCUGGAAAGCUCAGCAGUCUAGAAAAGCGGGGUUUAGAUUCUCCCCCAAGAGUUCUCAGGAAGUUUGGGGGAGGGGCGAGCCGCUCUCUCCUAUCUACAGGCGCGGGAGAGUGCAGAGGGACGCUUGCAGCAGCUGGUCUCGGAGCUGUCGCGUUCCCGCCCACGGGCGGGCUGGGGUGCUCCCGGCGGGGUCUGCGGGGCGCAGGCGGGGGUGCCGCGGGCAGCGCGCGCCGGCCGGCAUGGAGGGACUGGUGCUGCUCAACGCCCUGGUCACCCGGCUGCUGUUCGUGCUGCACUCGCUGGUUGGGGUCUGGCGAGUGACCGAGGUGAAGAAGGAGCCGUGGUACUGGCUGCUGGCGCUGCUCAACCUCCUGCUCUUUCUGGAGACUGUGCUCACCCUCAAGUUCAAGCACGGCAGAGGCUACAAAUGGUUCUCACCAGCCAUAUUUUUAUAUCUGAUUAGCAUUGUUCCAUCAUUAUGGCUUCUUGAAAUGCACCAUGAGACCCAGUAUUGCAGUAGCCAAUCUGAAGGAAUGUCACAGAAUACCAGCAGCAAAGAAGACUUCAAUCAAACUCUGAUGUCGAGCGAGCAAACCAAUGCAGCGGAUCUCAUUAGGACGGCCACAGUUUUUGUAAAUAACUUAUCUACCGUAUGUGAGAAAGUUUGGACUUUGGGACUCCAUCAGACAUUCUUGUUAAUGCUAAUAAUUGGAAGAUGGCUUCUACCCAUUGGAGGCGGGAUCACUCGGGACCAACUCUCUCAACUUCUCCUUAUGUUUGUGGGGACAGCUGCGGACAUUCUGGAAUUCACAAGUGAGACCCUAGAAGAACAAAAUGUGAGGAAUAGCCCUGCACUGGUCUAUGCCAUCCUUGUUAUUUGGACCUGGAGCAUGCUGCAGUUUCCACUUGACCUGGCAGUAAAGUACGUCAUGUGCCCCUUGUCUGUGACAUCGAGGGGAUUCCCCAGCCUGUUCUUUUGCCAAUACAGUGCCGAUCUCUGGAACAUUGGAAUCAGCGUCUUCAUACAAGACGGUCCCUUCCUAGUCGUGCGCCUCAUACUGAUGAUCUAUUUCAAAGUGAUAAACCAGAUGCUGGUGUUCUUUGCGGCGAAGAAUUUCCUUGUCGUGGUGUUACAACUCUACCGCUUGGUGGUGCUGGCGAUGGAUGUCCGUGCUUCCUUUCGAAGUCAGCGAGAAGGCCUGAAAGCACAGCACAGUCGCCCAAGUGGCCCAGCCGAGAGCGGGGCCUCACCCGGAGACUGGGAGAGUGUUUCUAGGGAGGGCUUGGCCUUGCCUUUGCGGGCCUUGCCAGACACCUCCGAAGACUCUCACCCCACACCGUAGUUAUUUAUUGACAGCGGCAUGCAACUAGAACAUUCGACUUUCUGGUUCUUCCUACAGACAGAAUCUCCCUCUCUCUCUUUUCUUUUUAUAACCUUGGCAUAUAAUAAUGUUCAAAAGAACAACAUAAAAGGUGAUCUUAAACCAAAGCCAAGGAAUUUUCUUUUUUCAACUGAAUGUAAAGAACUUUGAUUAGUGGCUACGGCUACAACUUCUGUAUGUUGCUAUCAGAUGUUAUAGUUGUUCAACGACUAAGUGAUUUGUUUGUCUUGAACUGUUUGAAAAGCUGUGGGCAGGGUUACGGUGACAUGCCCUCCAAAGGUUUAGUGCAGACAAACCGUCGCGGCCGUUACCUGAAAAUGGAGAAGCUUUGAACUUCGGCUCUAUUGUCAGACUAUUCUCAUCUGAUCUUUUCUGCAAUGUCCCUCUGACAUCAAAAAAUGUACAUUCCGUGAAUGCAGAACAAAUGAAGGGAAAAGUGCCUUUAAAAUUACCUCACUGUGGGCUGGAAGCAGUGAAAAUCUCUGCUCAGCUUCCAUAGCAUGGCGAGCCUUGUUCCUCGCUGCACAGAUCUUGCCAGGAAAAUCAUUUUUCUGGGCUGAUGUGGUAUGCUGUCAUGGCGCAUAUGCUCUUACAGAAAUUUUAUUGCUUUUGGCUUGGGUACUGCAAAAUUCACAGCAAGCCAUUUCGGUUACAGAUCUACUGGUUGUGAGGCAGGAAAUACUGGUAAUGCUAGGAAAGUCACAGUUUCCACUCCGAACGUGAUUUGCGGUAUUCGUCAGUGUUUUUCUCCACUCCGCUUUGCCGUCUUCUGUAUUGCCAAGUUGAACUCCGUGGGUUGAUGUAAGGAAGCGCUGAAGCAGUGAAGAAAGGUGUUUCAGGCCCUUUAAGUGUUACCAUAGUUUCUGGGGUCUGCUGGCGGUCUUGGAGCUCCUCUGAACUGCCACUACCGGAGAUGGCCUUUGGUCUCAGGGACGAUGUUGGUAAUGGCGGCUCGCAUCAGCCCUGUCCACGGUCAACAGCCCUUGAUUGGUGACGGCGGUUAGAAUAUGCCACAGCAUUGUGGAAAUCAGGAAAUUGGCUUUUCUUCCCUGCAUUAAGAUUUCAUUUCCCCAGGAUUGAAAUAGCCAUCUUUUCCCUUUAUAUAGCUCUGUACUUUCCAGAUGGAGGUGAUUCAGAGCCUUUUAAAAUGAUUUUUGCUUUUAAAGAUACAAUGUGAAAAUUUCCCCGGCCAUCUAGCAGUAAUGACACGAGGCAAACACUUUCAAAACUGUUCUUUUAGAGUUCAAAGCAUAGUUCCUCCUUGUUAUUAUGCUCAAGAAUUCAAGGGAACUUUAACAAUAAGGCAGGGUAUGACCUUAAAUUGGAUGUGACCUAUAGACAACCAAUUGGAACAAUUUUAUCAAUAAAUCUGUGCGACAUGAUAUCUGUUCAAAACAUGUGAUAAGAAGUUUCAUGGGCAAAUUCUGUUUUUAUACAGAGAAAUUACUAUUUUCCAACUAAUGGCUUCUUCAGUGCCUGAUAUCAUGUUUCUAUUUCUUUCUUGUCUUCCUUGCCUUUCUAAUUUUAACAAUAUGAUGAUGGUAAAAUUACACGUGAAACUAAUGGCAUACAUUUAUAAUUUGCCAUAAUAAUUUUAUGAAAGUUAAGAUCAGAACAUUAUAUUUAUAUAAAGAACUUGACAACUUUUAAAAGCUUGUUAUUUAAAAUGCUUAGCAAUUGAAAGCAAAGUAAUAACUGCUAUUUAUAAAACCGCCUCAGCAGAAUCUGUUUUUAUGUUGACUGUUUUACGUUGACUGUUUUCCCCCACAACAUGUAUGUGCCGCUUAUUAUUACAGAUUUGCUCAUGGCAUACUUUUCAUGUUUUAAUUUUUUUCUUCCAGGAAAACAAACAUUGAGCCUCUAAAAAUAGAGGAAGUAUAAAGUAGUACGGCUGUUGCAAGGAUAUUUUUAAAUGCUUUCAAAUCUGAGACUUGGCUUGGCUUCGAGAAUGAGCUUCUAGUGUUUAAGUAUUUUGUAAUUAGCACUCCUCCAACCGCUUGGGAAAUAAAAAGUCCAGAGUCUAGCUUUCCUCCGAGUGCCAGAAAGGCAAAGAGAGCCCAGGACCAGCUCAGCAACUAAUUGCGGCAAAAAUAGACACAUGCUCUGCAAGGUUUUCCAGGAAAGUCCGCUAAGCGCAGCAUUUGCGACCCUGACUGCCCCUACUCCCACUCCCUGGGACUCACUGUUUUUAGAGCAGAAAAAAAUCUAUAUUCGUUUAGUUUAUUUAAAAGUAAAACCCAAGUCCAAGCGGCAUCCCUAGGACCCCUGAUGAAAAGUUCAAACUGUAUUCAGUUAAUUGUAUGUUUUUAUUGUCGAUUGUUCACGUUGUAAUGUUUGAAAACAUCCAAGGGUUCGCUCUACAGUGGCUAGAACAGCAGUUACCUCCCAAAUGCUGACAUCCUGGGAUUUGCUUCCAUUUUAUUUGUAAUGAGAUAACUGACCCAGAUCAUCUGUGUAAUGUGAUGUAAACCAUACCUCUCUCCUACCCUCCACGGACACACAACACGCCAAUCCCCAACCAGUGAAGAAUGGGGCUUAUUGGUGGUUGUUGGUGCUGUUGUUAUUUGUUGUUGUUGUUAUUUAAUUGCUUAGUUAAAGCUCAAUCAAAUGUCCUUCCUAAAAUCACAUCAUUCCACUGGUGAGAAAACACAGUAUAUAUACGUGUUUUAACGAUGCUGUGUAGAAACACACCUCAGAGAACCAUCUUGUGGGUUUUCUUUACUCUUAUUGACCGAAUCUCAGAGGACAUGACGACAGUGCAACAUUAAUAAACUAUCUUUGCCUUUGAUUAUUCUGUUAAUUUUUAUUUAAGCUAUAAAGGAUCAUAUAAGAAAAUAAACAUUUGUGUUGGCCAAUAACAUUCUUUCUCAUCUUACAAGAAGAAGAUUCUUUCAUAAAUUUAUCGGUUGGCUCUGUUUGGUUCUACUAACAUGUAGCAACACUUCAGGCCUUUUAAGACCAGAAAGAUUUGGCCGAGAAAUAUCAAGAUUCAGUAUUGUAAUGUUAAUUGUUAAAUCAUUAUUUAAUAGAAACUCUUCGAAGUCCUGGGAGGGCAUGCAUUGUAGGUGCACAUGCUUUAGGAUUUCCACCCAGGUUUCAGAGUUCAACACUGACCCUGUUUAUCUUUGGCAUUUAAUCUCAAUGAUUCUUUAUCAACUUUCCUGCUAAAAGAGAGAAAGAAUUGCAAGGCCAAGCCUCUCUCCACCUUCAUUGUACUCCAGUGCCAGAAAAGUGAGGUUGCUGAAAUAUAUUGCAGACCCUCAGAGAUGGAAGUGAAAAACCAAAUAGUCUUGAAUUAUAAGAAAAGAAGAGACUGUUGUUCUAAUUUCGGACUUUGCUUUUUACUUGGUGGACAUUCUGAUCCACUCUCAGAAACAUCUGAUUUGGGGUUACACCAGGCAGCUGGAGGAUGUUUAUAACUCUGAGGCUUCAAAUAACUUUCCAUAUCAUGAGAGUAACUUUAAACAAUGUUUGAAUAAUCAACUGCUACAGCCAUAUAUUUUAUGGGUGUCCAUCCUCCGGAUCUUUCUUUCUAGAUGAUUUUAUAAGAAUAUUUUCUCUGAACUAUUUAUAUUUAUACUAUUUUGCUGUGAAUGACCUUUG